AUGUCCGAGCUGGGACAAUAUGUUGGGAGGGCCGAAGUUGACAUAGCACUGCUGCAAGAACCUUAUGCAUGGAAAAAUCGGGUGGCAGGCCUGGGACAUCUGGGGGGAGCUCUCUACUACGAAGGGAAUGGUGAGCUGCCUCCUAGAGCAUGCAUUUAUGUGAGCAACAAAAUAAGAAACAUGGGUUGUGUCAUGACCUUAUGUUACAGAGACCUUGUUGUGGUGGAGACCUACUUCAUGAAAGAAGAUGGCAAGAGAUACAAGGUGGCGCUAGCGUCCUGCUAUCUGCCGGGCGAUGGAGUGGCACCCACGAAGGAGCUAGAAGAAAUGGUACUGUGGUACAGAGGUAAGGGGAUUCCACUGAUUGUUGGUUGCGAUGCUAACGCACACCACGAGGUGUGGGGUAGCACCGACACCAAUGAAAGGGGCGAAUCAUUGAUAGAAUUCAUAAUUAGCAAUGACCUAGAAAUUAUGAACAUAGGUAAUACAAGCAGGAAAGAAGUGCUUGACAUUACCAUGGCAACGAAAGAGGUGAGCGACAAGGUAAAGGGCUGGAGGGUGGAUGUGGAGGACAGCAUGUCUGACCACCGCAGAUUACUCUACAGCAUCGAUAGUCGCGUAGAGAAGAUGAAGGUAAGAAAUCCACGUAAAACCGACUGGACGAAGUACGAAGAGGAGCUAAGGGAAUUGGCUGUCUCGGGAGUCAGGUAUGAGAAUGUGAAUGACCUAGAAAAUGGGGUUCGCAGACUGAAAGAGAUCAUAUUAGGAGCAUACUACAAGGCCUGCCCGGAGAAGCUGCUACAAACAGGCAAAGGGCAGCCAUGGUGGAACAGAGAACUACAAAAGGUAAGGAAGAAAGUGCGAAGGGCAAUGAGAGUGGCGACAAAGAGGGACGACUCUCAGAGCUGGGACGCGUACAGAGAGGUCAGGAAUAAGUACACCAGACUAAGAGAGAAAGCUAGACUAGAGGGCUGGAGGAGGUUCACGGGAGAUUUAAACAGCUAUUCAGACCCCUCUGAAUAG